AUGGCAACACAAGUGAAUAGCUUUGUGGGCAUAACAUGGGGCAGGCUACAAACACAACAAUUGGUUCCAUCAAUGGUUGUUGAUUUGCUUUUACAAAAUAAGAUUCCACAAUUGAGAUUAAUGACUUCAGGAUAUGAUAUCAUUGAGAUAUUUUCAGGAACUAAUAUUAGCCUCAGUGUUACUAUGGGAAAUCAAUUUGUGUGGCAAGCAAAUAGAAAUGAUCUUGCAUAUGUAUGGGUGAAUGAUAGAAUCAAGGAUCCAAUCAACAAAGGUGUCAAUAUAGUAGAAGUAACUGUUGGUUCAGAACCAUUUUCGAAUACGUUCUUAAAAGAGGCAAAUAACAAUCAAGUGGUGCCGGUGUUAAAACUCAUACGAGAAACCCUAGAUGAUAUGAAGUUAGGGCACGUCAGAGCGACGACCGGCCAUGGCAUGGAUGUGUUAAAGGUCUCAAAAUUUCCAUCAGAGGCAGACUUUCGUGAUGACAUAAAAAAACCUAUGCUUGAAUCCCUAGAAGAGUUCAAUCGAACCGGAGUCCCUUUUGUUCUCUACAUGUUCCCUAUUCAUUUUGUUAAAGAGAUAAUGAAUUACACCAUGGAAUUCGCGUUCAUGGAUAACAAGAGUGGGUUCAAAAUCGUAGAUGGUAAUAUUACAUACACAAAUGCAGUGGAGUUAAUGAUCGAUUCUCUUGCGUGGGCAUUAAAGAAAGCAGGAUAUCCUGAUAUGAAAAUUAUGAUUGGUCAAAUUGGAUGGCCUACAGAUGGAUAUCCACAUGCAAAUAUUAAAAAUGCAGAGAGAUUUCAUAAGGGGUUAUUAAAAUAUGUAGCAUCAAAAAAAGGAACACCACUUAGGCCAGGGCCUCUUGACAUAUAUCUUCAUAGCUUGUCAGAUGAGAAUGAAUUUCGUACAAUAUUUGGUACAUUUCAAAGGCAUUGGGGCAUUUACAGGGCAGAUGGAAAUCCAAAGUACAAGAUUGAUUUCUCAUUACAGGAUCGUGACGAGUAUCCUACAGAAGCUAAGGGCAUUGUGAAAAUGCCAAAUAGAUGGUGCAAGUUCAAUGGGGACACAUCAAACAUGUAUUUGGUGAACAAGAAUUAUGAUUUAGCAUGCAAAACUGCAGAUUGUACACGACUGGAAAAAGGAGCUUCAUGUGAUGGACUCAAAUUCGAAUCUAGAAUUUCUUAUGCUUUUAAUGCAUUUUUCCAAAAAUACAAACAAUCAUUAGAAAGAUGUGAUUUUGAUGGUUUAGGUAAAAUUGUAGCAACAAAUCCCUCUGUGGAAAAUUGUGAAUUUCCCAUUGAGAUAUUGGCAUUCCAAGAUCAAAUUGUUCAAAAUGGUAUGGUUUUAAGAAUUUGA